CCCAUUCACGUGCGUAACUUCCUGUCUCCUCUGUAGUACACUAGUGAGCAUCUCUUCGGCUUUUAUGUCGGCUGGGUCAGAGCCUGUGAGCGUGUGGGGACGGCAGUAGAGAAUAAAGCGAGGGAAUUGAAAGAAGCCCGGGAUAGAAGGUGAAUCCAUGUUUCCAGUAAUUGCCACUAUAAAGAGCAAAUACCUAGUGAAAAUAGCUUGGAGCCUGAAAUUAGAUGGGCAGUCUCAAACAAAGCUGGGGUUUGAAAAACUAAGUAGGAACAAACAAACUCAUCCUCAUUUAAAAAUGCUAUGUCUCAAAACCAGAAGGAUCUGCUAGGCCUGGGUCGACUUGAAUACUUGCAAGCCCUAGUCACUGAGUUCCAGGUGACCGAGAGCUCUGAAGCCAAGGAGCAGGUGCUGGCCAACCUAGCGAAUUUUGCUUAUGACCCCAAGAACUAUGAAUAUCUCCGGCAGCUCAAGGUUUUGGACCUGUUCCUGGAUAUGCUUACAGAGGAUAAUGAAACCCUCGUGGAAUUUGCACUUGGAGGCCUUUGUAACCUCUGCCUGGACAAAAUCAACAAAGACUAUAUCUUGGAGGCAGAUGGGGUAGCAGCUGUAAUCAACUGCCUGUCCAGUUCCAAUGAGGAGACUGUGAUGUCUGCGGUUACCACUCUGAUGUACUUGACCACACCGCAGUCUCGCCAACAGAUCACGCCUCUUCCUGUGGUGGAGUGCAUGCUACGGUUCUCCCUGUCAGCCAACAGGAGGCUACGCAACCUGGCAACUGUCUUCCUUGAAGACUACUGCACCCCUCUUCAGGUGGAGGAGGCCAGGAACCUGACCAAGCACACAGCUUUAGGGAUCCCCUUGCCAAAGAAUUAAUGCAGCAGAGACAACCGCCAGAGAGAAUUUGGCUGAGAAGCACAUAUUUCUGAUAUCAUUAGAAAAGCCAGUUGUAAGGCAAAUACAUUCUGGCACUGAAAACCACCAUUAUGAAAAUUGAUAACCACUAAAAAGCACACAAGGGUACACACUCAGGGCAACCCUUCGGUGAGGUGAGGCGGUGCAGCAGCCUCAGGUGCAGAUUAUUGGGGUACAUGUGAGGGGGCAAGAUGCCCUGCCCCUGCUUUUAAAGAGGAAGGAGAGGCGGAAGCACUUGGGGGAGCAACAUUUGGUGCCCUACUUCAGGUGCACCAAGACCUUGAACCACUCGCUACACAUGCCCAGUUCUGUACCAUUAGGGACUCCUGGAAGAUUCUCACCCUUUUCAGCCAUGUCAAGUUGUUUUUCAGUUAAUUUCAAUAUCAUUUGGAGGUAUAAGUAAUUGUUAAAGAGACUUUGUUAUGAUUGUGGCCUUGUAGUGGAGAGGAAAUGGGAAAAGACAAAAGAACAUUAUUCUAACUUAA